AUGGAUAAACCGGUUCCCGCUUCAACCACUAACACCAUCUCGCAUAGUGAUCAUGAGAAAGUAUUGGAAACACUCGAAGAUAGUUUUAAAGGAAUGGAUAAGGUGUAUACAAGUGGUGAAAUGCGGGUAUUCGGGCGUGAUUCUAACAAUAUAUUUAAAGAAUUGGACCUGAUACGUAAAAAACAAAUCGCAUUAGCCGUCGAACAUAUUACAUUGGAAAAUUUGCCGGAUGAAGAGAUGUUGGAAACACCGGUAGAUUCCGAAGAGAAUUUUAAGCGUAACUCCGAACGAUUUGCUAAAAAAGAACACGAUCUAAAUAGUUUGAUGAAUAAUUUAAAUAAUUUGAUGCUAAAG